AUCUACCCCUUGUUUCGUGUGUUGCUCCAUCAUAAAGCAGCAGGGAUACUGAUCGGUCCUCAUCCAGCUACCACAGAAGUAUGGCGCCCAAGAAAGCGAAGAAGAGAGCGGAGGGGGGAAGCUCCAACGUCUUCUCCAUGUUUGAACAGGCCCAGAUCCAGGAGUUCAAAGAAGCUUUCACCAUCAUGGACCAAAACAGAGACGGUUUCAUUGACAAGAAUGACCUGAGAGACACGUUUGCAGCUUUAGGCCGUUUAAAUGUCAAGCAAGAGGAGAUUGAUGAGAUGCUGAAGGAGGCACCAGGGCCGAUUAACUUCACUGUCUUCCUCACCAUGUUUGGAGAGAAACUAAAAGGUGCUGACCCAGAGGAGACCAUUCUGAACGCUUUCAAAGUCUUCGAUCCGGAAGGAAAAGGAACAUUUAAGAAAGAGUUUGUCACAGAGAUGCUGACGACGCAGGCAGACAGGUUCUCCCCUGAAGAGAUGGAACAGAUGUUUGCAGCUUUCCCUCCAGAUGUAGCCGGAAACCUGGACUACAAAAACCUGGUGUAUGUCAUCACACAUGGUGAAGAAAAAGACCAAGAAUAGAGAAGUUAUCUCUGAGAUUUCCCUCCGGACAUUAAAAUCAAUGUGUCAUGUUUGUGCCAAGAUAUAUGUGAGGGAGCACACAGGCACACAGCAGAAAAUUCACAUUCAACUAUUUCAUUUCCAGAACU